UGAAGAUUAAAGGAGUUUUCUCAAUGGUUUUCCCUUCUUUAUCGGCUAUCAAGAUGGGGUAUAUUAUUCUUCCAUCAUUAGAUUGCAAACAACCUGUUUUGUUCUUUGCUUUCACUCGUUAACCUUGAAAGAACAUUUCCAACCCCCCUCUGCUUACCUCUCGUUCAUUUUUCAUCAAACACGAACACAGAACACACACGACACAUAAUUCGAAAUCACAUACAUUUUCAGGUGUUGUUCGACGAUGUUUUUUGCUGCACUUCACAUCGUUUUCUUUUUCGGUCAAUUCAUUCUACCCAUAUCUAGCCAAAGCGUUGAAGGCAGAUACCUAAGACCCAAUCGUCCAAAAUGUGAACCACAAAAUGGUUGUUCCUCAGCGGGCGGUUUUCCUCUUGAAUCAGACGAUAAAAACUACAGACAUGAUGCUGCUGAUGGUUAUCGCAGCGUCGGAGUGGAUGGCCGACCCAAUGCGAAUAAAGAUUUUAAAAAAGACAGUGACAUAAGAUCAGGGAGCGUUAAGUUCGAUGAUUCUGAUUACAAACCCGAAAGGGUUUAUAAUCUUAACCCACCUAUAGACAAAAUACCUUACAUCCCAAAGCCUGUGGAGGACGCUUAUCCACCCUUACAUACCAAAGACGAUGCAUCCAGCAUUGAACUAAGUCACAAUCCUAAGCCUGUUAGAGGUAGCGACAGGUACAAUCCAAAACCAAUUGCAGAUCCAAACUUAGAUCAACACAAGCCUAAACAAAGUGGAGUAGGUUCGAGUGGAUAUAAUCCAAGACCUGAUCGCUAUGUCCCAAGACCUGCGGAUGAUGAAUAUCCUCCGAAACCAAUAGUGGACCCAAAUUCGGAUCCCUACAAGCCGAAACCAAGUGGGAUUGGUUCGAGUGGAUAUAAUCCAAGACCUGAUCGCUAUGUCCCAAGACCUGUGGAUGAUGAAUAUCCUCCAAAACCAUUAGUGAACCCAAAUUCGGAUCCCUACAAGCCGAAACCAAGUGGAAUAGGAUCGAGUGGAUAUAAUCCAAGACCUGAUCGCUAUGUUCCCAGACCUGUGGAUGAUAAAUAUCAUCCAAAACCUGAUGUUUCGGGAGAAGAAGAUUCCUACAGACCUGUUCCUGAUCACAGACCGAGACCAGGUAGCCGACCAAGACCAGAUCCAGCAAGAAUUCAUGAAAAACCAGUGAACCCCCCUGAUGUGCCUGAUUAUCCAAACAAAGAUUUAGGCGGCUACCAUGAUCCUAAAGAUGAUGAUUACAAUGGUGAUCCUGGAGUUUCCGUUGGAGAGUAUAAACCUCUUCCUGGCAACAACUGCGUAUGUGUACCUUACUACCAGUGCCGGGAGGGUCAUAUAGUAACAGACGGAGCUGGGAUCAUCGACGCAAGAAAAAAACCUGAACCAGAAGAUGAGCUACCACUAGAUGGUAAAUUCAAGCCUCCAACAUGUGGUCCAUUCCAUGUCUGCUGUAACACUCCAGAGACAUCUACCGUCACACCAUACGAACACAGGUGCGGGGUUCGUAACCCAAGUGGAAUCAACAGCAGGAUUCUGUCCCCCAGUAACAAGGGUGAAGCUGAUUUUGGGGAAUGGCCCUGGCAAGCAGCUGUUCUGAAAUCUGAGGGGAAAGUCAAUAUUUUCAUGUGCGGUGGAGUACUCAUUGAUAAGUUUCAUGUCCUGACUGUCGCACACUGUGUCUUUCAUUUGUAUAAAUACGAUGAUUAUCCUCUGAAAGUUCGUCUGGGUGAGUGGGAUACGCAGACGACUUCUGAAUUCUUGGCUCACGAGGACUACAGAGUCUCAAAGAUCAUAGUCCAUCCGGAAUUUAAGAACACCAGUCUAUGGAACGAUGUUGCCAUUUUACGUCUAGAGGAAGCUGUGCUGUUCGCUCCACACAUAGACACCAUCUGCCUCCCCAAAUACGAUGAGAUAUUUGACCAACAGAACUGUGUUGUCACAGGAUGGGGAAAGGAUGCUUACAAGGGAGGAACGUUUUCGAACAUUAUGAAGGAAGUGGCAUUACAGGUGAUCGAUAACUAUCAGUGUGAAGAGAUGCUGAGGAAGACAAGAUUGGGACGAUUUUUCCAAUUGCAUGAUGGUUUCCUGUGCGCCGGAGGAGAGUAUGGACUGGACUCUUGCAAAGGAGAUGGAGGAGGUCCCCUGGUCUGUUACAGAAAGGAUAAGAGUUAUGCUCUGGCCGGUAUCGUGUCCUGGGGUAUAGAUUGUGGUCAGCCUGGUGUUCCUGGUGUUUAUGUUAAAAUACAGAAAUAUUUAGACUGGAUCAGCAAGACAACUGGAGUUUAUUUGGAAGAUUAUUGGCCAAAGCACUGAUGAUUUGGAAGCUAAAAUUAUUGCUCUAAAAUUAUAAACUGUGUUACCAAACUGCACAUAAAACCAGAAAUGUCGCCUCUGAAACUUCACACUCUAAACUUUUUUAUUAUUGUUGCUUACUGAGGUUGUUAAUGGAUUUAUAUAAAACAAAUUGAAAGUAUUUUCCAUUCAACAAAAAGUAGAAAUGGCUAAGCUGCCUGAAAAGAUUUGGAUGGUCAACCCCAGAGUAUGUAAAAAUGCUCAAUUCUCUUCUAAACCAGCCCAUGUAAAAAUGGUCAAUUCGAUAUAAACCAGUACACGCAGAAAUGUUUAAUUUUAAUAUAAACCAUUCCAUGUUAAAAUGUUCAAUUUUGAAAUCGAUAAACCUAUGUAAAAAUGAUAACUUUUUAUGUAAAACAGCUCACGUAAAAAUGAUCCAUUUUGAUAGAAACCAUCCCGUGUAAAAAUGUUCAACUUUGAAAUAGAUAAAUCCUUGUAAAAAUGAUCAAUUUUUAUACAAAACGGCCCAUAUAAAAACGGCUAUUUUGAUGUUUCUCAGACCAUGAAAUAAUGGUCAUAUUUGAUACAUCGAAGCCCAUUUAAAAAUGUUCAAUUUUGGUGCAAACCUGCCCUUAUAAAAAUGACCGAUUCACGUAAAAUUGUCUUUCCUUCAAGAUCUUAAAAAUAUUUUUCUUGUUUAUAAGUAAUAAAAAGAAUAGUUUUAAGAAUAUCAAAGAAUUAUUAUUAAAAAUAAUUAUUAAGUCAGUAUUAAAAAUAUCUCUAUAUAAAUCCCUAACAGAGCCACCAAAAAUUUGCACGAUUUCACUUUUGAAAUUGAAUUUAUUGUCUCCUGAUUUCUAAACCUUCAAUCAAUGAGUUGUAAAUCUUGAAUAAAUCCCUCGCAAGCACCGUCACUUUGAAUGUUAUACCAAGAUGUGCGAGACGCAUUUAUUGUUUUUUUCUGCGACUGGAAAUGUUUUUGAAUAUCGGUGCAAUAGAUCCUGAGAAAAGAUAUAUUGAAGUGUAACGUGUAUGAAAUGGAACAUGUGAAACUGUGCUGAGUAAGAAAACAAAACGGUCAAAAUUUGGAUCUCAAGUUUUAAUUCAUGAAAGAUUUUGGGAUUAUCUCUUAUCAGAUGUUAUCUCAUAUCACUCUUGUACACAAUGAUAGUUUCUAAAAAUGAUAAUGUAGGGUCUUUAUAAUCUCUGUAAUUUAUAAAUGUUGGAUGAUUAAAUUUACUCUUUA